AUGCCACCCCACCAGUGUGAGAUCUGCAAGAUCACAAGAGCACAAGUACUACGCCCGAAAAACGGCCAACGAAUAUGCUCAGCCUGCUUCAUCGCUCUCUUCGAAUCUGAAGUCGCCGUUACGAUCACCUCGACGAACCUCUUCCAACCUGGCGAGCGAGUAGCGAUAGGCGCAUCUGGUGGGAAAGACAGCACAGUGCUGGCGUCAGUCUUGAAGACGCUGAACGAUAGACAUGGCUGGAAUCUGGAUCUCGUGCUUCUAUCAGUAGACGAGGGUAUUCAAGGCUACCGCGACCACAGCUUGGAAGCCGUCAAGCGGAACAGCGCAGACCUCGACCUCCCGCUGAAGAUCGUGAGCUAUGAAGAGUUGUACGGCUGGUCGAUGGACCAAGUAGUAGCACAGGUGGGAAAGAAGGGCAAUUGCACAUACUGUGGAGUCUUCCGUCGGCAGGCGUUGGAUAGAGGCGCGGCUAUGCUGAAUGUCGGACACGUGGUUACUGGACAUAACGCAGAUGAUGUUGCGGAGACAGUGCUCAUGAAUCUGCUUAGAGGUGAUCUGCCCAGACUCAGCAGGGCCACGAGCAUUAUUACAAGCACGCCAUCAGCAGCGCCACCGAAGGACGACGGCGCCGUGUCGUUCACUAAUGUGAAACGAUCCAAGCCGCUCAUGUAUGCUUAUGAGAAGGAGAUCGUGCUCUAUGCACACCACAAGAAACUCGACUACUUCAGCACGGAGUGCAUCUACAGCCCGGAGGCUUUCCGUGGCUCGGCCAGGACUUUGAUCAAGAAUCUGGAGCGUAUACGACCGGAGAGCAUUCUGGAUGUUGUGCGAUCUGGUGUCGACAUGGCGAAGCUGGUGCCAGGCGCAGAUGGCAAAUGCAAGGGUGCGUGCGGCGACAGCAAGGCAGCAGGCUCCACCAACGCUGCUGAGGAAGAAGCAGAAGGCGGGUGUGGCAGCAGCAAUACAAAUAGUGGUGGCGACAGCAUGGUUGAGAUGGAGAAAAAGCUACAGCAGGAUGAGCGGACAGAAGCCAAUGGACCUGAGACGGAGGUGACACUCCCAGCAAAUCCAAAGGAGACAGUUUCAAUUGGGGUCCGCCAUAGCCACGAAGCAUACUCAUCGCUUCCACCCGACGACGGGAUUUAUGGCCAGAACCACGAGAAGAAUGGCGCGUCAAAAGCAACAGCCGUCCCGAUUCGCACCAAGCAGGAGAAGAAGUCGGGUCGGAAGCCCACGAGAGAUGCGGCUGCGCCGAAGCAGCGGCUUGGUCAGUGUGAGCGAUGCGGAUACCUCUCUUCUCAAAGCGUCUGCAAAGCAUGUGUUCUGCUGGAAGGGCUGAACAAAGCUCGCCCACGGACUGGCGUGGAGGUCGGUGGUGGCGGAUGA